CGGCAACAUCAGCGCGAGUUCAAAAGAGGGAACGCAUGUAAUGAAGGCCGCAGCGCGACUGCCGUUCCCGACCCUUCCUCGACGACUUGCAACUGAGUAGCUCACGACCGCUAUGACCGUACGAUUUGCGAACUGGAGGCUAUCCUUCUUUGUCACCAUACUGGUACUCUCAGCUGUAGCACUUGGAAUCUCUGCCUACUUCGCCUCGAUCUUCCUUCCCGAUCUUCAUCAUGACUUCACGAUCUUCUCCAUCAUCGUCCCAGUGCUCACGAUACUCGUGUUCCUGAUCAUAGAGGUGCUCAAAGCCUUCUUCCCGUACCGGCUGUACGUUAGCCGCCUGUCCAGCUCGAACCGCUGGUUAAUCACCGACUUCCAUCGGUUUUCCACCUCCGCGCGUGUAAAGGGUUUACCGUCGUUCUGGAUGACCCGCUCGCAUCUGAGCUUCCACACAAGCCUCCCCAGCCCCGGUUUCGGACGCCCCUUCUCCGUUUUGAAGACUGCGCAGGCCGCACCGACAAUCACGCCGAUGCUUGGCUCGUGCCACUGCUCUCCGGAUGUGGUUCAUGGUUUCGACUUCUCCGCAUUCGCGACAGAAGUAUCGGCAUUCCAACUGAAUGUGGCGGCUGCGCACAGCCCGCCAGACGGCUGCCGCCGUGUACUGUAUCCAAAAGGCCUCCUCGAGGUCGUCGAGAAUCUGCAGAAUGUUGCCUUCGCUGAAGCCGCUUGGGCAACUUCAGAUGCCAUUGGAAACACUCAAUGCGACGGCCUGGGCGGGCAGACGAUUGAGACACGAAAGGGCAGCGUCAGCGCCAAAGGCUAUUGCUGCCAAAUGAAAGUAUUGCAAGCAUUUUCAUGGAUGAACUUCUGCCUCUUCGCCAUUGGGUUCUACAUCCUCCUACGCCUGGUCUCGCAGGCGGAGCAGUUUGGUCGUCCGGAUGCGUGGAUUGCGCCUAUUCGUGAACUGGGAUGGUUCGGGGAAUAUCCAGGCCUCUACCCCACCAGUGGCGCGACCCACAACCCCGCCGCGCAGGGGAUGCCACCGAUGGGUGGUGGCUAUCAGUCCCAACAAAGUGCCUACCAACAGCGACAGCAGCCGUACGCUUCCGAUGGGUGGCCUUAUGGACAGAUGAUGGAGCCAGCGCCUGGCACCGCGCUCGUCAUACAGCCGGGCAUCAAUGGCGCCCCGCCUACGUUCACUCAAGUUCCCGCCAACGCUGUAUAGAACGAGUUCGACUGAGCGCUACCUAAAUUGCCACUGCGAUACCUGAUACCUGCCUCACCUAUGCUGC